CAAUUACAUCGCCCUCCCUACUCGCCGCCGCUCUUCGUGUUUUCCGUUGCCGGAAAUGGAGAGAUGGGUUCCACUGUUCGAGAUUUUCAUGAACUCCCCGUGUCCCGAAACUGAGGCAUCGCUAUGGCUUCAAAAAUCGUUUGCCUUCUCCUCAUUCCCUUCCAUUUCUACUUCCUCUUUCAUUUCCUUGCUGACAAGUUCUUCAGAAGUCGUUGUCGUUAACUCUGCUACUUCUUCCGAAUCUCCCUCAUCAACUCACACCAAAAGAUUUAUGUAUUUACAGACGUUGCCCAACGCAGUUCAGGCCCGUAUUUUGUCUUUUCUAGUUUAUGAGCGACGUAGAUUCUGCAAAAGGGAUUUGAUUGAACUUGCUCGGAGAAUGCUGACAGAGGGUCAUGAGGUGGACUUCUGGGUCAAAAAAGCUGCACACCAACUGUUUGAUGUGCUUUCUGGCUCGGGGUUUGAAUGGAUAUCUUGCUUGGAUUUGGAUUCUGAGGAAGAAUGUGUAGAGGAUAAGUUCAGAGCUCUUCCAGAUUGGCUUCAAGAGGCUGCAGCUGAUCGUGGUGAUUUAGUUCUCCCUUGGCUCCCUUUGCUGCCCGAAGAAAUUAAUGUGGGAAGGCCAUUUUGUAAUUUCCAGGAUGAUGAAGAUUCAGAAAAUUGUGUUGAGAUUGCGAAACAAAUAGACGAGGAUGAAGUGAUGGGAGAAGCCAGGGCUGAUGAUCAAAAGCAUGUUAUGGACCAUGAGGUGGACAUGAUGGCUGCUAAGUUGAAAUCCCAAAUCCUAAAUUUUGAGACUACUUCUAAGACGAUCGAAUUGACUAAUGACCUUAGGAAACUCUGCCUCACAAGUAAAGUGGAUUCUUCGCAUAUUAUGACCUUCAUUGAACCUUGGAAAGCAGAUGACGAGACUGCUUCAAUUAUGAUUGCAAAUCUUUUGGGCCGCGAUGCAGAUGAGUUUGGUUGGCCAAGUCAGAUUCUUUGCUCAGUUGUUCUUCCUAAAUUGUUAGCCCUUGAAGUGCCAGCCUCUCGAAUUCUGGUGAGUGCUACCGUUGAGUUCUGCAAGCGACAUCAAAAGGCUACUGAAUAUGCAUUGUUGUUUCCGUUACUUCUAAAAGUUGAUGGAAUAAACAAUUCCAUUUGUGAUGUUGUUACAAGGAUAGUUAGAGAAUGUCUACAUCCAGCCCAUGUUUCUGCAUUCUGUCGGAAGCUCCUCUGUGAAGAACUAGAUGUCAAGAAUUUCACCUGCCUUCCCUGUCACCGAAGUCUAAUUGCUGGUGAGCUGGUAUGGACAGAAUCACUGUUUUACUUGAUGCAAAAUAUUUUAAACCAUAAUGUUCCUUUGACCCAAGACACUGUUGAUAAACUUGUUCAAGAGGUUUGCAAAUUUGCAACUAGGUUUCCAAAAUCUCUCAAAUUAGGCAAUUUUUGUUUAUGCUUUGUGAACAAAUGUGCUCAUCUUUUAAGACCUCAUAAGCUUAUGUUGAUGGAAACUGUUGAGCACACCAGUACACUUGUAACCAAAUCUAUAAUGUCUAAACUAACUUCUUUGUAACUCCCUGUAUCCUGUUACCAUUCUUGUUCCCUGCACGUAUCUGUAAUUACUGAAAACAGAAACAGAAUGUUCUACAACCUGUCUUAUGUUGUUUGCACAACUUCAUUAAUGCUAGAAGUGUGACAAUGUAUUUUCUCAGGAAAUGCAGAGGCAUUCUUCCGCAUUUUCCUCGUAAAACGAGAGAAUCCCUGAACUUUAGCUUUAUAGUUUAUUUUGUAGAAAUGCGAGUUACAUUCUGGAAAGGAUGUAGAGAUUUUAA